AUGCCCAGACUUGACUCUAGAGCAGCUAAAAAGCCUACAAAACCUUCCACCACAACUCGUCGUUCACAGUCUUCAGUUCGCAAUAUCGGCCCAAAGCGAAAAUCCUUUCUUCCAAGUCUUGGCAAAGUGAACCCAUUAAACGUUUCACAACAGCAAGAAUUAUUUUUUCAAAAUUCCUGUUUAACUAACCCAAUCCUCUCAUAUUCCUAUCCAAACCAAAAAUCUGAAUAUCUCAGCAAGUUUCAACCAUCAUCCACAUAUUUGCAACAAGCAAUCCAUAUAUUGGAAUCUUGCUUGGCUGAGUUUGGCAGUGAAUCAAAUUAUUUUAGAUCUGAUGGAGGAGAACUACUUGACCAAGGACAAACAAUUAAUGCGAUACAAACUUAUGUUAGUGAGCUAGGCCUAACAGGUAUUGUAGAUAUUGUUUUUUCCGAGCAAGCUAUAGCUCCAGCUGCCUGCUCCUAUAACUCAAAAACAAAAAAAGGUCAAGUAACGAUAUCUUUGCCAAUUAUUUAUAGGAAAAAUAGAAUUGGUGGAGCUAUGGACCAUGAGAUCGGGACUCAUUUAAUCAGGACUUUGAAUGAAACCAAACAAGUUUGGUAUAAAAAAAGAGAUAAAUUUAAUUUGAAGCCAUUUUUAGAAACAGAGGAAGGACUUGCUACGCUGCAUACAGUUAUAAGGCUAGCAAUGAAUAGAAAUAAGAAGCCUUAUUUAUGAAGAUCAGCUUUGCAUUAUUACACAAGUUACCAAUCUUCACAAAUGAACUUUGUCGAUUUAUUCUCGCACAUGGAAAGAUACAUUGAUGAUCCUGGACAACGGUUUAAAGAAGUUUUAAGAGUAAAACGAGGCCUUGAAGAUACUUCACAAAUAGGAGGCUGCUAUAAAGACCAAGUUUACUUAUCAGGAGCAAUAAAAAUUUUACAAAAACGCCAAGAAAUAAAUUUUGAUGAUUUCUAUAUGGGAAAGCUUUCCCUUGAUGAUUAUUUUAGGGACGAUAUAAGGGACAAAAUAACUAAAGAAAAAACCGUCCUUCCCACAUUUUUGAAGGAUAAAGAAGAAUAUAUGAGAGCUUUAGACUAUAUUGCACAAAUAAAUGGGCUAGAUUAG